UCUAUUUGAGAUGUCACAACCAAUCUCUCACCCUACUGAAGAAGCCUAAUCAAAGCAAACUUCACAAUAAACCACACAAUGACAUAUCCUAUACUGACUGACACAUAAAGACGUGCACGACAGCCAGCUGUUGGCGGAUAUCCAUGGUGAUAUCUCUUCGGAGGAAGGCGUGUCAUCUCUCCCAAUUACUAAGCGCCCCUUUGUCCUCUGUCUAUGCCCAGCCAGCCAGCGAUACUCAUGGCGGCUGCACCAGUCAAACAGCGCUCGGGAACGAGGGCUCAGCUCCCUCCCUGCUACUACGAAGGAUACCUGGAAAAACGGGGACCGAAAGAAAAGAUCUCUCGGCGGCUGUGGACCUGUCUGUGUGGGAACACCCUCUUCUUCUUUAAUAAUGCCAAGGACACUCACUAUGUGGAGAAGAUGGAUCUCAGUGGCUUUGUCUCACUCAAAGACGACUGUAGCCGAGACAGAAACCUGGAGGCAGCUAGACUCAUACUGCGCAUGAAGGAUGGCGAGACAAAACUCACAGUUGCCAAUCUAGAGGCUCGAGAGCUAUGGAAGGGCUUCCUCCAAUCUGUCGUAGAUCUGAGUGUGCCUAGCUGUCUGACGUUGCUGCCGGGGCAGGUGCAGAUGCUGAGAGAGGUGGUGGACCGAGAAAGGAACAGACGCAGAGCAGCACGCACCCCCACCCGCGCUCCCCCCUCACCCCUAUCAGUACCUCUACUAGGGGAGAUCCCAUCGUGUUUCCGGCCUGUGUCGAGGACUGAGGCAGAAGUUCUGUUAGAGAGACAUCCAGACUGUGGCAACAUGCUGCUGAGGCCCGGCAGAGACGGAUCUUCGUUGGCUGUCACCACCCGCCAGGACCUCAACGGGUCAGUGUUCAGACACUAUCGUGUGACUCAGAGAGAGCAGGGAGGAUAUGUGAUAGACGUUGAGAACCCAAUUCCCUGUGCUACGCUUCAUGAUGUCAUCAAUGCGCUGGUGGAGAAGACAGCAGGAACCCUUCAGCCCUUUCUUCUGGAGGAACCUUAUGAGGAGAACAUCACGUUUGUUUCGUCCAAUGAAGAGAAUGGAGAGAGAAUAUUACACUGUGCCCCUUCCAGCCCACUACCCAAAGCCCCUGCCCUACCCCCCAAACAAGAGCGAUGGAAACCCCUACCCAGGUCUCCCGCUCCCGACCGCCGUAUUCUGUCAGCUGUGACAUCACCAGUACCGUCAUCACCCAGCAGCCCAAUGAGACGGCUUGUUCUCUCCCCCUCCCCCCUCCUCGCACAAAGCCUCACAGAGGAGCUCAAAAUGAAACUGGAGAAGAGACGGACCAGUCAGGAUUGACUUCCUGUAAUUUCUCAGCCAACUAGCGGUCAAAACUCUUCCACCACCAGCAGCAGCAGCUUUCUUCUCUUCCUGUGCCUUCUGAUUGGUGGACUACAGAAUAGGUGGUCCUCAUGGAUCACAGUCCUACAGUACCUUUCAAAGUGUUUCCCACCAUGUUUGGGUAACGCAUCUUAUCCACCUGAGUUGUGUUCAGCAGCCUAAAAUUGCAGCCUCAAAACAGUUUUCAAGAAGGGAUAACCAGUGGAGUUGAGCAUUAGAUGAGCACACAAAUACAAAGGACCAACCAAUGACUGAGCCUGUUACUCCAUUGUUCCGAUUGAGCCAACGUGUCUGUUGUCCUGCUGCUGAUGUAACUGACGCCACACUGGAGACUAGAAAGAGUGACACCAAAAGCUUGAGAAACCAGACUAGAGAGAGAGACUAGAGCGGUAGUCACCAACCCUGGUCCCGGAGUGCUACUGGGUGUGUGUGCAGGCUUUUGUUCAAACCCAAUACUAACACCUGGAUCAACUAAAUUAAAGUCUUGAUAAAUUAAAUCAUGUGUGUUAUUGCUGGGCUGGAACAAAAGCAUGAACCUGUACAUCACUGCAGACCUUCCAGGUCCUGGGUUAAUGACUACUGGAUUAGAGAUAAACAUGUCUAGUUGUUUUUGUGCAUCUAGAAUGCCAAUGCUCUAAUCUAUUGUAUUAUUUUGGUGCAAUGAUGGUAUGGUGCUCCACUUGACUAAACCUUCUACUGUGUGUGUCGUUGCUACAACUCACGUAAAACCUUAUUUUCUAGUGUGUGUGUGUGUGUGUGUGUGCGUGCGUGCGCGCGCUAGGCCUAGGCUACUGUUAGCCGACUAUACUCAACUAAACGAUUCACGAUUCAACUCCAUUUUAAAUCAUGGAGUUGAGUUUAAUCGGCCAGGCUACUGUGAUGCUAUGACCUACUGGUGCUAGGACACUUUUUACUCAAAGGUUAUUUGUCCUGUUGCAACAAAUAACAAAGUAUGAAAGUAUUUUAAUUUGGGCUUACUGUACACCAUUGAUUGCAUUUGCUCCUCUUGUUCUUUGGUGUUGUGGGCUGGUACACAAGCACAAUCCAGUGGAACUCAAACCCUGUGAUCAUUGGCUGAUUUGUUCAGAGGGAGUGCAUCCGCUAUAGGACUCUCAGAACUACACUGUACAUUGUCUUGUACAAUUCUCUUUAUGUCCUGGGUGUUGGUCAGUGUUGUUUAAGAAAAACAUCAGUGGUAUUUAUAAGAUGUCCUAUUCAAGGAUAUUAAAUAAAUGGUUUGCAUGAAACAAGAA